UGCCUGCGUCUAAACCUUAAUUUGCUUAAAACAUGCCCACUCUGUUCCUCCAUUUCUUCCUUUUCUUAUUCACUACCACUGUUUCUAACCUCAUCCCCGCAGUUCACAGCAACUGUAUUGAAGCCCAGAAACAAUCAUUGCUCCAUUUCAAACAAAGUCUUGGAUUUAAUUCUUCCGAAUCCUCCAAGCUUAUCACAUGGAAUUCGAGCACCGACUGCUGUUCUUGGCUUGGUGUAACUUGCAGCACCAAUGGGCGUGUUGUCGGACUUGACCUCAGUAGUGAGUCUAUCUCAUGCCACAUUGACAAUUCAAGCAGUCUCUUUCAACUUCAACAUCUUCAGAGCCUCAAUUUGGCCGAGAACGACUUCAAUGGCUCCUCAAUUCCAUCUGCAAUCGGAAAGCUUACAGAAUUGAGGUAUUUGAAUUUACGUCGUGCUCAUUUUUCUGAUCAUAUUCCCAUUGAAAUUUCACUCUUAACAAGGCUGGUAACUCUUGAUCUCUCUGAUAAUUACUACCACUCGUCAGAAGUUGAGAACCUGAAUUUAAGCAUGCUAAUUCAGAACCUCACAGAGCUUACAGAGUUAUAUCUUGAUUCAGUAGAGAUAUCAGGACAGGGGAGUGACUGGUGCGAAGCCAUAUCAUCUUCACUGCCAAAUCUGAGGGUGUUGAGCUUGUCUUCUUGUGGUCUUUCAGGCCCUAUAUGUGACUCCCUUGCAAAGCUUCAAUCUCUGUAUGAGAUUGACUUGUCAUAUAACUCCUUCUAUGCUCCGGUUCCAAGAGUCUUUGCCAAUUUUCCAAACUUGACUGACUUGAGUCUUCGUUAUUCCGACUUGCUCGGAACAUUUCCUAAAGAGAUCUUUCAGAUACCUUCCCUACAAACCAUUGACCUUUCUGGUAAUUCUGAUCUUCAUGGUUCAUUUCCAGAAUUUCCAAACAAUGCGUCUCUUCGAUCCUUAAUUGUAUAUUGGACAAGUUUUUCAGGUGACCUACCCAACUCUAUUGGAAAUCUUAAGAUGUUGUCAAGCAUAGAUAUUUCACAUUGCAAUUUCGCUGGAUCAGUUCCCAAGUCGAUUGGAAACCUCACACAGUUGGCUGACCUGGACAUGUCAGGGAACAGAUUUAAUAGUCCCAUUAGUUUUAUUCACUGGGAAACCCUUGUUAAUCUAGAAACCCUCUAUUUGAGUGACAAUCAACUCUAUGGGACUAUUCCUUUAUCUGUUUUUUCUCUUCCCAAACUGGAAACAUUAACACUAUCCCACAAUCGGUUCUCGGGUCAAGUCCCUGAAUUUUCCAAUACCUCUUCGCCCUUACUUGAGAGUCUUUAUUUGGAAAACAACAAUUUGGAAGGACAAAUACCAACAUCCAUCUUCAAUCUUCAAAGGCUUGAGGAUCUUCAUCUUUCUUCAAACAACUUCAGUAGCUUCCCUUUUUGUGGUCCUCAAGUGCCCAGAAAGCUUUCAUUGGUUGAUCUUUCCCACAAUAGCUUGUUGUUUGAUUACAAUGGCACCAAUUCCUCCUUCCUUCAGAUUGACAAUUUGGUAUUGGCUUCUAACAAGUUGAGAGCAUUCCCAGAUUUCUUGAGAAACCAAAUCACACUUAAUAUUUCGGAUUUGGACCUUUCAGGAAACCAGAUCCAAGGCCAGAUACCUAAUUGGAUUUUGAGUCUCAAAUCUCUUACUUCCCUUGAUCUUUCUGGCAACUCCUUGGUAACUCUAGAAGCUCCUCCUCCUAAUUCCACUUAUGCUUUAUCUUCUCUAUACCUUCAUUCCAACAAGUUGAGAGCAUUCCCAGAUUUCUUGAGAAAUCAGUCCACAUUUUACAGCUUGGACCUUUCAAACAACCAGAUUCAAGGCGAGAUACCAAAUUGGAUUUUGAGUCUCAAAUCUCUUAGUUCCCUGGAUCUUUCUUGCAACUCCUUGGUAACUCUAGAAGCUCCUCCUCCUAAUUCCACUUAUGCUUUAUCUUAUCUAGACCUUCAUUCCAACAAGCUUCAAGGUAUCCAUUCCUCAUAUUCCUUCCUUCAGCUUCGCUCCCUGUCAUUAGCUUCUAACAAGUUGACAACAUUCCCAGACUUCUUGAGAAAUCAAUCCCAUUUAAUCAACUUGGACCUCUCAAACAACCAAAUUCAAGGACAUAUACCCAAUUGGAUUUGGAGUCUCAAACUUCAAGAACUAAAUCUUUCUUGUAACUCCUUGGAAAGUUUAGAAGCUCCUCUACUUUAUUCUACCCAUGUUCUGUCAUCGGUUGAUCUUCAUUCAAACAAGCUUCAGGGACAUUUCCCCUUGUUCUUCAUUAGUAGUUAUCUAGAUUAUUCGAGAAAUAAUUUCAGCUCUAGUAUACCGACUGACAUUGGUGACUUCAUUUCUACUGAGUCUUACCUUUCUCUUUCAAGCAAUAACUUUCACGGGGCCAUUCCAAAAUCAAUAUGCAAUGCAAGUGGCAAGGUUCUUGAUCUGUCCAAUAAUUCCUUAAGUGGAAACAUUCCCCAAUGCUUGACUCAAUUGCCUCAGCUUUCGGUCAUUGAUUUGAAGAGAAACAACCUGAGUGGCACAAUUCCGGAUAAUUUUUUCAACAUUUGUGAGCUACAAACUCUAGACCUCAGUAACAAUCAGAUACAAGGCAAGUUUCCGAAAUCUCUUGUCAACUGCUCAAAGUUAGAGGUUUUAAACAUUGGAAACAAUAACAUAGCUGAUACUUUUCCAUGCUUUUUAAUGAGCUUAUCCACCUUGCAUAUCCUUGUUUUGCGGUCCAACAAGUUUUAUGGAAACAUUGGAUGUCCCAAGACCAGUGGCACAUGGCCUGUGCUUCAAAUAAUAGAUUUAGCUCACAACAAUUUUAGUGGUGAUAUGCCAGGAAGAAUGUCUCUGACAUGGCAGGCUAUGGUGUCUAAUGAGGAUGAUUCUCCAACUGAACUUGGAUUUUUUGGAUUUUCUUAUCAGUGCGAGAGUCAAUAUAGUAGAAUUUGUUAUCCAGUUUAUUAUAAAGAUGCAAUUACGGCUAGUAUCAAAGGUUUAGAGUUGGAUGUGGUUAAGAUUUUAACUAUAUUCACCUUGAUUGACUACUCCUCCAACAAAUUCAACGGAUCAAUACCUGAGGAAAUUGGAGAGUUGAAAUCACUAUAUGUCCUCAACUUAUCAGGUAAUGCUUUCACCGGAAAAAUCCCAUCAUCAUUUGGUAAGAUGCGGCAAUUGGAGUCCUUAGAUCUCUCAAAGAACCACUUGAGCGGCCAAAUUCCCCCCGAGUUUGCAAAUCUCAAUUUCCUUUCGCACUUGAAUGUCUCAUAUAAUCAACUGACGGGAAGGAUCCCAACCAACACUCAGCUUUCGACAUUUCCAAGUACCUCCUUCGAGGGUAAUAAAGGAUUAUGGGGGCCUCCUCUGACAUCGGAUACAGCAAUCGUAUUGCCACCUCCAAAGUUGAAUGGAGAUGAGAUUGAUUGGAAUGUUAUCAGUGCUGAAAUUGGAUUUACAUGUGGGUUUGGAAUUGCCGUCGGGUCACUUUUGUUUUGCAAGAGAUGGAGUAAAUGGUACUACAGAGCCAUGUUUAACAUCCUGUUCAAGAUAUUCCCAAAGCUGGAACACAGAUUUGGUAAUCACAGAAGGCAUGUUUACAUAAAUCAAAGGUAUUGGAGACGUUGAAAUGGUUAGGCAGACCAAAGCAUGCAGCUCAACUCCAUUGUGCUGGAGACUCCCCUGGUGCUUUUUCUCUGUAUUUGAUCACAUGAUUAUAAUGUAAUUGUUUUUUCUUUUGUCGUAAUGUUUUUUUUUCUUUCUUGGUCUGGUGUUGUAAUCGUUGUUGCAAUGUAGUCACUUUAAGUUUUUAACAUUUAUGAAAUAUUGUGUAGUGUGAGCAGGUAAUUGCUCUGUUUUGUGA